GUGAUGCUUUUAAGUGUUUUUUAAAGGUGCUGCUGAAGGUGUGACCUCUGACCUCAGAGGCUGCGCUAAGAGUCAGAAUCACAGAAAUCAGAUCAGAGAAUUGUUGGACGUGUUGAAGGACACAUUCUGCAUCAUGGCGAAAACGACUGGACGUACAGAAAGUUUGGAUUCUGGCGCGACAAGACUUGUAUUGAAAAUUAAGUUUGCCAUGAAUUGGAUUGGAUGGUGCUGCUGACACUUUUGUGAUUAGAGUUUUAAAACAAUAUCCAUAUUAGUUUUACCAGCUUGGAGUUUGAAUAUUUAAAGCUCAAUGUCUCAAAUCUGGGGACAGAUACAGUUUUUUUCUAAACAAUUUUAUACAUUUUUCUGAUAUUACAGAUCUCAGAAUUAUUAAUGUAAUUCACUGAGAAAAAUUUGGCACUAAAAUAAUUGGAGAAAGGAAUUUCCGUGAUGAAAGACUUUAAUUUAUGUACAUGUACAUAUUCAAAUGUCAUCCUUCAUGUAUGUUAAAUUGCUUGCUUGCCUGUUGACACAUUUCACUUUGUUUUGCAUGUUUAGGUGACCAACAGAGCACUGACUAAAAGACGAAGCAAUUAUUUGGAUUUUUUGGACUAUCAUUCACACAUUUUUGUCACAAAGGACUUCUUUUGUGUGAGAUCUGAUAUGGGAUUGGUGUUGUUCCUUUCUGGCUGCAGAGGGAUGACUAUUUAUUCAGGGUUCAUGUGAAAAUAGACCUUUGUCUUCAUACAUUUUUAUCGUGUCUGAUACUUUAUAUUGUGAUCCAAACGUGUUCCUGAGCUCUGCUUGGUGUCAGCCGCUGUUUUACAUGCCUGCGGGAUGUUGGAAUUGGUGUUAACUGCUCUCACCACAUGCUUGGCGCCACAUUUGGUUCCUUUGCUGGUGGCAUUUCGUGCUCAGAUCUUUGGCUCACUGUAACAACUUAAAUUCCAGGCAGAAUGUCUGCAGAGGGUGCAACUGUUGAGUGCCAUAGCGCUGGUAUCCAACCCCACCCUUCCAAAAUUAGCUGGUUUGUGAUAGCUGGAAGACAGUUUUUCAUGAUAGUGAAGUGUAUCGUCUUUCCUGCUGGAGGUCAAAGGCUAGCUGAUCGAUAACAGGGAGGCAACGAGACGUGUCCAGUUCAGUUGUGGACAGAGUCGGUGUGCUUUCUGUGAGCUGUCUGCUUAACGGAGUGUUUUCUCUCUCUGAACAGGGUGUGAACAUCACAAACAGCCAAAAUGUCUGAGGGAAAGAAAAUGACGUCUAGCCGCAGGCAUCAUCUGAAGAGUUUGAUGCUGCAGAUCGCUGCCAACUGGAUUGAGCAGGAGAAAAAGGAUAUCGAAGCUGCGAAGGAGGCUUACAUGGCUGAGAACUGCCCACCUCCUGACCUCAGUGGAGACCAGAACGCCCUCAUGGAACUCUGCAAGAAGCUCAGCCAGGCCAUCGACAAGAUCGACGAGGCGAGGUACGACGCCGAGGCCAAAGUUCAGAAGAGCGACACAGAGAUUGAUGAUCUGAAGCUGAAGGUGGUGGAGCUGGCUGGAGUGAAGAAGCCCGCCCUGAAGAAAGUGCGUAUGUCUGCUGACGCCAUGCUGCAGGCUCUGCUGGGAGGAAAACACAAGGUGACCAUGGACCUGAGGGCCAACCUGAAGCAGGUCAAGAAGGAGGUGAAAGAGGAGGGAACAGAGGCGGUGGGCGACUGGCGUAAAAACAUUGAGGACAAGGCCGACAGGAAGAAGAUGUUCGAGACUUCCUAAAGCCCUCCUGAACUGGCGAGGACAACGGCAGGGGAGACGUUUCCGUCCGAGGUCUGACUGACUGAGUCCCAUGCGGACACUCAGGGACAAGAGCUUAGGCGCUUUUUUGUUUUUUUUUUGGUUGUUUUUGUGAUACAUCGCUUCCCCAAGAGAGACUGAAUCCAACACAUUAUCCUGUCUACAGCUAAAACCCUCUGGCAAAAAGAAACCCACUUGAAAAUGUACAGGUUUUCAUGGAAUCAGUAGCAAUAAAUGUUUUGAAAUAAGGA